AUGCUUCACGGCAAGAAGAGGAGGAGGAGGAGGAGCUGGAGGACGAUGCAGACGCAGACACCGAGCCCGAGUCGAAGGAGUCGAAGAGCUCGGCUUCCGAGGAGUUCAUCAGAGUUCUCCAGAUCUUCUCCACAUGUUCUUUCCGGCGAAGGAGAGCUUUUGGAAGACACGGAGGAGGAGGCAGAGGUGGAGGAUGCUUGCCUGGAUGAGGAUGCCAUGGCACUACCCGUGGAGGUGGAAGAGCUGCCGAAGAAGGCGUACGUCGUCCCUGAGCUGCCACCGAGGCUGCAGCUCCUGAAGCAGCUGAUCGAGGCGCCGGGGGGUGCUUGCGAAGCGUCCCAAUUAACCUAUCCAGACUUUUUGCGACGGCUUUGUCAGUGUGCGGCUGCAAAUGGUCGAAGCGAUGCUGCUCGCAGCAAAGUGUCCUUCACCAUGAAGACAACUCCUGUAACGCGCUUCGCCAAGUUUGCGCGGACCCGGCGACUGCACGGUCCGGUGGAGGAAUCGAUCGUAGUAGUCGAUGACGAAGCCGAUGGCCGGUCUGGCCCAGACGAAAAGGUGCCCAUGGCUCCGCUGAGAGCUUCCGAGCAACCGGAGCCUGAGACGCGCAAGGGGGAUGAGAAGGCAGUCAGAAGAGAGUUGGAAUCGGCAUACAAGGCACCGACAGCCGCGGUGGCUUUGCUGCGGAAGUACUUUAGCCAGGAGCGCUUCCUGGGUGCAUUGAAUGGCGCGCUGCUCUUCGAGGCUGAUGGCGUUCAAUACCCUUUGGACACCGUGACGCCAAUGCGCUCUACGCCGUCCACAAGCUCGGAGCCACUCAGUCUCGGAUCUCUUUUUGCAGUGGCCAUGCUGUCGGACAGUUACGAAGGGCAUGCGACCCCUGCCUUGCUGAAGAGCCUCAAGGCAAGGAAGCUUCGAUCGGCCUAUUCUGUGGACUUGUCGGCCUACUUGCUGGGCAGGACGGAGAGCUGCAGCUUGCUGAUGAGCGCCUCGAAUGCUCAGAAGGUUCCUGAUGCUCAGCCUUCACUGCUGAACGAGGAUGCUCUGGGCGGCCGCUCCAAGUCUGCAGAUCCGUUGCCAGUGCCUUUGGAAGAGCUGCGGUCCUUGCCUGGACAGGCCGAGGAGAGCGGCGACGAGGUGCAGAGCCCCACCGAGCAGUUCACCAGCCCAAGCGAAUCGACAGAAAGCGAAGCAUCAGAGGAGGCCGAGGCGCCGGAAGAGCCCCAGCCCCAGGAGAUGGCGAAACAGGCGAAGCCCAAGGCGCACACUCGCAAGGCGAAACCAAAAGCGAAAAAAACGGAGCCUCUGAAACCCCAGGCGGAGGCACCGAAGCCCAAAGCUGAGACCCCAAAGCCCAAGCAGGAGGCGCCCAAGCCCAAAGCAGCGGCAGCAGAGGCAGCGGAGGCGCCGAAGCCCAAAGCGGAGCCGCCGAAACCUAAGGCGGAGCCGCCGAAACCCAAGGCGGAGCCGCCGAAACCGAAGGCGGAGGCGCCGAAACCCAAGGCGGAGCCUCCGGAACCCAAGGCUCAAGCGCCAGUACCCAAGGCGGACGCACCGAAACUUAAGGUGACGACGCCUGCGGUUGGGAAGGCGCCUGCACCUGCUUCGACACCAGUGCCAGCAGCUCCAGCAGAGCCAGCAGUGCCAGCAGCAGCGGUGGAAGGGGACUCCAGCUCGACAGCCGCUGGAAGCAACGAAAGGCCUUCAAAGCCAGAAGUGGCUCCAAAGGCGGCAAAGGCAGCUCCGCCAUCGAGACCACAAACAAAUGUCGGCCAGAACGGCGCCGACGUCGAGAUGCGAUUGCGUGUUCUCAAGCGCAAGCUGCUUGGAGACAGUGCGGUGGCGGCAACAAGUGCUGCUGCGAAGCUGCAAGCCAAGCUUGUGAGGCUCAAAGAGGAGGAGAAGAGCAUCAAGUCAGCGACAAGCUCGCUGCAGGCGCAGCUGGGCUCGGUGACUGCCGAGCUAGAUGCUGCUUUGGAGAAGCGGCGGAGGUGCGAGGAGGAAGUCCACGACAGCCACCGGAAGGUCUGGCACGAUGACGGAGCCCGAGAUGGCUCACAGUGCCUGGAUAGGCUCUUCAGUAACCUGGAAGCCAUGUUCGGCCGCACCAGUGGCGUGAUCGCCCCGGUCCCUUGCAAAGUUGAGAAGCCUCGGAUCUGA